AAGAGACGCACUAAACUCUACAUGGAGAAUCACUUUAAUGAUCAAAGCACGGAAUGUUCCGCCAGUUCAGACAGCAACGACUGCCAGAGGGACCAAUAUGGAUUUGAGAGAGCAGAAGAUUUCAACUAUGAAUCCUAUGAGGACUUUAUGUCCAAGCAUCUAGCUGUUGUCACUAGAAGGUCAAAGAAGUGGUCGAAACUUUUGCAGGGCACUGUAAAUGUUGAGAAAAAUAUAAAAGUGAAGCGAUAUGUGAGGAAGGGGGUUCCAUGUGAACAUCGCACUCAGAUCUGGAUGGCAGCUAGUGGAGCCCAGGACCAGUUGGACAGAAAUCCUGGCUACUAUCAUUCUCUAUUAAAGGCUGAGCAUGACCCUAAAAUAGAAGAGGUUAUACGUGCUGAUAUGCACAGAACCUUUCCUGACAACAUUCAGUUCCGUGCCUCCUCCCAGCCAUGUUUACAAAAAGCCCUGUUUAAUGUACUUCUGGCUUAUGGACACCACAAUAAGGAUGUUGGUUACUGUCAGGUACUACUGUCAUGUACACAUGCCCUUUUACACACAUAG